UUGCUUUAUGUUUGUUUAUAACUUUUAGUUUAAAUAACAGAUUUUAUUUUAGUUUGUUAAAUAUGGCAAAAGCAUUCGAUAUACCAAAAAAGAGAAAGCUGCCAAAAUUAAUGGCAUGCAUGACAAAGAACAGUCUUGAAAAUAUGAGAAACAAAGCUUUGUUCAGUCUAGAUACACUUGAUGCAAAAGGAAUUCGAAGACAUAAGCUACCUUUGCACACGUGUAUUGAAUUAGAACUAAAAGAAGCUGGAUUUUUUGAAUCCUCAGAUUAUCUACAAGAUCUUAUUUAUGAUAACAUUCAGAUUCUAUCUGAAGAUGAAAUCGGGAUCGUGGUUGAUAUUAGAAAACGGGAGGACUUUUUAGAACAUAUUUGUGCUGGUCUACAAAGAGCUGAAAGAGAACGCGAUAGAGACAAUAAGAAGAAAGAGUGCUUAGAGUUACUAAAGCUUGCUUUGUACUAUUCUGAGCAAGGAAAAGGCAUUUUAUGGUUGGCAGAGAAAUUUUUCUUAGCCGCUAUAGCAGUAGCUAGCCAUUAUUUACUAGAUGGUGGGAGACAAAAAGCUUGCUGUAAAUAUCACUACGCUUCAUUUCUGCUCAACAAAUUUCCAGGUAACGAAGAUAUGGAAGAGGCGUAUGAAAUCUUUUCCGACGUACGGGAUAGUGCAAUAGGAAAGGAUUGGCCUCUAUUUGAAAAUGACAGUGAAAUCACUGAAGCACUUAGAAGUGCUCCAAAUUCUGUUUUCGUAGUGACAGUUUUAGAACUGCAUAAGGUUCUAAUGAGUAAAGCGAGAGCAAUUCGCGCGGAAGAUCCGGCGAAAGCAGAAAGAUUGUCACGUUUGGCUGAACGAAGAGCUAAAGAUGCUGGAGAUAUUCCAAAAGCAGCAGAAGCAGUAAUUGAAAUCGGAAUAAGUCAAUUAGCUAUGAAUAGUUUAAAUAAUGCUCUCAAAUCGUUUCAUAAGGCCUACAAAAUAUAUGAAGCUAAUAAUGACAUCAAUGGUUUGUGUAUAUCGAAAAUGCAUCUCGCUGCUGUCAGGCAAAGAUUAGGCGAUCACGAAACUGCCUCCAAAUUGCUCACUGAAAUGGGUGAAUUGGCAAUGCAAAAUGGUUUACGUCGACAUUUAGGUCGUGCUUUGCACUUACUUGGUGAAUUGCACUUAAGAAGAGAAAGACCAGAUCUUGGAACACAACAUUUGGAAGAAGCUUUUAUGUGUUUUAUGGGAUAUAUUGUGCAAGACCAGAUACAAGGUGCAAAAACGCAAACAAGCAUAUUGUAUUCCGAUAUAGAUACAAUAUAUAAAACACAAAAACAAGAAGUUCUUGAUGAAGAUGCUGAACAGUCUAGAGUAAUGAUGGCGAUUUCAGCUGGUCAAGAACUCAUGGGGUCAUACUUCAAAUUUCUAGAACAAGCUGCCGCGUGCACUGUUGCAAAAGUAAAGAUAAUUGAAUGGAAAUCAUCAAAGGCCUCCUGGUGGGUGGAUAAAGGUCAUCAUAAGUACAUUCCUUGUCUAUGCCCAAGUCACCAUCGAACACCGUUGGAUGUAUUAUGGAUGCGAUUAAAUGAAAGGUCUACUAGAAAUGUCCUUGAAGACGAUACAAAAACGGAACAGACACUAAAUAGAGGAGUAAACAUAGAAGACAUCAGAAAAUUGAGAAGCAGUUUUAUUAGAUAAACCUAUUCGAUCAGAUGACGUGCGAUAAUGGGCACUGGUGGGAACAUUCUGAGGGUCUCCAUCAAACAUCUUUCAAGGUAUUUCAUUUCUAAGGUAUCC